AUGCCUUCAUCUCCCUGGGCUCAGCCUGAUUACAGCACCCGCCCUAUUGCCAUGAUAGGCAGCGGUAUUAUGGGCCGAAGAGUGAUUAUGAUGUUGGUCGCAGCUGGCUACAAUGUGAUUUUGUGCGAGAAGUCAAUGGGCAGCUACGACGGGGCAUUGGAUUAUGUCAAUGACAACAAGGGACAGCAAGCAGCAAAGCUAGACACGAAGCCCGGCGAGAUCCGACUGACAGCCUCGCUGCAGGAGGCGACACAUAACGCCUGGAUGGCCAUCGAGGCUAUUCCCGAGAAAUUGGAGAUGAAGAUUGAUAUCAAGGGCCAGGUAGAUAAACUCGCACCCUCGGACUGUGUCGUGACAACCAACUCUUCCUCGCUGCGCUCAAGCCCAAUGUUCGUCAACACAGUGAACAAUUAUCGCAUCUGCAAUGGCCACUAUUACAUGCCGCCCGACCAGACCUACUACGAAGUUAUGUGCUGUGGUCAUACUGAUCCCGCCAUCUUCCGUUUUUUGAUGGACGUGGCCGCCAGUGCGGGCUUUCAGCCAGUGCAUGUGAAAUAG